GAUGCCUCAGCCUCAAACAAACCUUGCACCAAUGGUGAGGAAGCUCCAGACCUCGUCCCAAGAACAAACGAUCCUUCUACCACGCACGACUUGAGGCUGAUUGUAAUAAACUUCUUGGCUUAAUCCCAGAGGAGGACUCCUGAGGGUGGCUUCCCUAAUGAAGUUGUGAACAUUGGCAUUCCUUCCAGCGAAGCUCAUCGCUGCUCGCAAAUAUAUAAGUUUGGCUAAUUCACCUGCACUUCCGAUCUCUCUCAUUCAGAACAACAGCAUCAAUCCGAUCAAUACAAAGAACAUCAACAUCCGCAUUACUUUCCAGCAACUCAUUCCUCGAGAUCUUAUCCUAUUUUCCUUCCUCCAUUCAAUCAAGAAUCUUUCUUCAAUAUGCAGUUCUCCAAGCAACAAACAGCCGCUCUCGCAGCUCUUCUUCUCGCUCUCCCUGCCUUUGCUUCUCCUAUCCCGGGCCCUGCUUCUACCCCAACUCAUGACAACCUGAUCUCUUCCGAGAGAAUCGUGCCGGGUUCAUAUAUCUUGAAUAGAGAAACGAUCCCUAACAGCGUGGUCUCUUCCGGGAGAUUCAAGCCGGAAACAUAUUCUCGCAUUAAGGAAGAAUUGAGCCACUGGCCCGAGAUUACUCCCGGGGUGAAACAUGAGGAACGCGGCCUCUUCAACAAAAACAAAAAGCCCACGACUACGGACGCCCCAGCGAGCUCAAAAACCGCGGAUCCUACAAACACCGCGGAACAUGCACCUGGAGCCACCCCAACAGAAAAGGGAUCAAAAACCGACAAGUUCGUCAAUGGAGCACAAAAGGUAUCAGACACCGGAAGUGCAGUGAAUGGCGUUGCACAAACUGGAAACGAACUUUGGAACUCAGCAAAGAACGCUUGGAACGACGUCUUCCACGGCGGCGAAUCAUCCGGUGCCGGUGCGGAGCCAGCGGCCUAGGGGAUUCCUGUCUUGACCGAAAACUGACUGGUGUCCAAGAAGAUCGCGUUUUGGUAUAUGUGAUGGAAUCGCGAACUGGGAAAAUCGCGGGACUUGGAAGUGGCUGUUCAUAUGAGGCAUGGAUUUCGUUUUCCAGCCAACCCAAAAGCAUUUUAGCAUGGAGUUAUGGAGUUUAAAAGGAUUAAGAUAAAAGCAUGAAGCUUUUAUCAGAGGGAUACUUUGGGAUUUUUGUCUGAUUAGAUAGGUUGCGCUUUUUUCCAAUGUACG